UUUUCCCAGCGGAUCUUGCGCGACCCUGGCGCUCUUUAUUUUACGUCAUCAGUUGCCACAGUUUCGUGCCGCUCAUUUGAAGUCUGCAGUCUCCCCGCUAUCUGGAAAUACACAAGUCUUCUUGUCCCCCACAGGAUACUAAUCUAAUAAUGUUUUGCAGAGCAAACUUCUUGCGUCGUGAAUGUGGAUGUGGCCCUUAAUGAGAUAUUCACAGGAUGGAACGUCAUUCUUUGUUCUCAAGGAAGAUGUUUGCUUUUUCAGCCGCGUUCGCUUUUAAAAAAUUGUCUAGAAAGUGAAUGAACUGACAGUGUAGAACUUGUAUCAGGCUGAACCCAGCUAGAGAAUAAACAGACUAACAAAGAUCUCCUUCAAGAAGAGGAAAAGAUAGCUGCGCAGGUCAGAAAGAAUUCAAAGAAGAGACUAAAGGUCUUUCUUUUUUUGAGCCAUCCUUGCCUUUGGAGUUAACUUCUAAAAAGAGGAGAAAUCAGUAUUGAGUCCGCCCUCUACUGACACUGCCAUGGAUCUCCAUAAGACCAUCUCCUCUCCGCUUGCCACUGGCUCCAAGUCCUCUAAAAAGCCAUCAGAGAAAUCUCAUUCUUCAUUCGGUGCUUCUGGCCAUUCAGAGAGCAAGAAGGAGCACCAUAAGAAGAAGCUGAGUGGGAGCAGCAGUGACCUGUCUUUGGAUGAUAGCACUUCUCACAAGUCCAAGAAAAUGAAGCCCCCCUUUGUGAAUACUGAAAUGUUGACCUUGCGUGAGCCUGAUGGAUUAAAGAUGAAGCUUAUUCUUUCACCUAAAGAAAAGGGUGGAGGCACCAUAGAGGAGCCCUUUCCCCAUACUCCAGCAAUCAAAAAAUCCUCUAAAAAGUCUAGUCGAGAUGAACAAAGUUCAGUUCACCCAAGUCAUGACUCUCAUGGCUUCUUGAAAUCAGCUCGAAAAAAGCACAAGUCAUCAUCAGAGGCACAUCUACCUCCAACUUCUGAGAGCUUUAGUCCAGACAUGUCCCUUUUCUCAGAAGGACAAAGCAGUGAGUUUGAGCUGUCAGGCCUGGAGCCACAAUUGGAAUCAGGUUCAUCCUCUGGAGGAGAGCUGGAAGCUGGAGAGCUCAUAAUUGAUGAUUCAUAUCGGGAGAUAAAGAAGAAGAAAAAGUCCAAAAAGAGUAAAAAGAAAAAAGACAAGGAGAAGCACAAGGAUAGGAAACACUCCAAAUCUAAAAGGAGUUCAGGACUUCCGUCUUCAUUGGUGGUAGCAGAAGUUACAGCUCCAUUGCCAGUCUCACCACCAAGCACACCAUUUGCCAUUCCUGCCCUUCCUUCUCCUCCCCCACCGCCACCUCCUGUUUUCCAUACAGAUGGUCAGAGUGAGAAGAAGAAGAGAAAGGAAGAAAAAGAGAGGGCCGAAAAACUGGAAAAAGAAAAGCCAAAGAAGAAAAACAUGUCUGCCUACCAAGUGUUCUGUAAGGAAUACCGUGUGAACAUUGUGGCUGAGCAUCCAGGAAUAGAUUUUGGUGAUCUGAGCAAAAAGUUGGCAGAAGUUUGGAAACAGCUUCCAGAGAAAGAUAAGCUGGUUUGGAAACAGAAAGCUCAGUAUUUGCAGCAUAAGCAGAAUAAAGCAGAGGCUACAACAGUGAAGAGGAAAGCAACCUCAUCUGAGGGUGCCCCCAAACUGAAAGCUUCUCUUACAGGUGGACACUCACCUCAUAAGAAGUCCUCAUCUAGUACCCUAGUGUUAUCUUCCUCACCAGUUAAAGUUCCUGACAUUGAGCCCAUUGAUGUAGCUGCGCAUCUGCAAUUACUAGGAGAAUCUCUGAGUCUUAUUGGACACCGACUACAGGAGACUGAGGGGAUGGUGGCUGUGUCAGGCAGCUUAUCUGUGCUCCUGGAUUCAAUUCUCUGUGCCCUAGGCCCUUUAGCUUGCCUGACAGCACAGCUACCAGAACUUAAUGGUUGCCCCAAACAUGUUUUGUCAAAUACUUUGGAUAAUAUUGCCUACAUAAUGCCUGGACUUUGACAGGCAAAAGACCAUGGGAGUUGAUCAGAUGCCACGUGACUGCUCUGUUUAAAAUUCACAUUCUUCAAGGAGUCAACAUCAAAGGUUUCAAGAAAAAGAAAACAUGGACCAUAAAAUUGAACUGUAACUUGAUUUUGUAAAAUAUUUUAAACUUAAUUUCUUAAAAAAAGAGUUGGGAAUAUGUUUGCUACAUCAUCCUUAAUGUGGAAGAAAAAUAAAACAAUGAAAUUGAUAUUACCUGGAAAAGUCAAGACUAGAAAAGUACAAGUGUCAUAGACACAGCACCAUUCAUAUUGUAAAAUAUAACUGAAAUGUUACUCCUCUGGGAGAAGUCAAUUAUUUGGGGAUUUAACAGUGAAGUUGUAUGUUGUUAAAAGUGAUGCUGGGAAAGUAUGCUUUUCAUUGUCCACUCCACCUUCAUGCCUGUGUUUUCAGGAAUCUUCCUUAUUAAAUCUCACUGUCAUAGGAUUAAAUCUCCCAUUCAUACACAGAGCCAAGUGUGAUUUAUGUUAAGAGAAAACAAAUGUUUCUUAAUAUAGAUAGAGAAACAUAGCUUUUCCACAGACUGGGACUACUCUAUAGAUUGUGGCAUUUGGAAUACAGCUUGAGCUAUAAUUACAGUAUAAAUUAACAAGUGCAAUAAAGGGAGAAAAGGAAGCGGACCUCUUUGAAAUUCACUAGUCCUGCUGUUUGACUUCCUACAUUUUUACCAAACAAGCACCCCCCACCCCCAUAGGCUAUUAACCAUUAGCUAAGAGUGUCAUUAUAAAAUUCAUAAUUACAGGCUUCCCUUUAAUUGAAGCCCUGAUUUGAAAUCACUUGUCAUCAGCAGUAAAUAAUACAGUCCUGUUCUCAUGGUGCUGGUACUAUGUUAUGGAAACAGUGAGUAAGGUGUCCUUUAAGGACUCUUUUUUGAGAGGGAGACAUGGAUUGGGCAAACUGAUUCUGGGUUUAGUCCUCACAGUGCCUGUUCCUCUUGGGGGAAGCACUUCAUAUGCUUAAGUUUGCCAUUUUUACCUUACUUAUUUACAUUUUAGACGUCUGUAGUAGAUUAAUUUAUAUUGUACAUUUCUGUAUAUAGCUGUAAUUAAGACAGAUCCCUUCCACAAACAGUGCAGAGAAAACAUUAUCUAUCUGUUAUUGUCUGGAUAACAUAUAAGAAUUACAUUUGAUAUGUUGUGUCAAGGCUUAGUUUCAGAAUAAGACAAAAUAGUAGCAAUGAGAUGUUCAAUGAUUGCAAGGGCCAGGGAAUGAAUGGAAAAUCGUAUGCUCUGUAUUACAUUUCCCCUUGUAUUUUAGAGGCCAGUGUGGCAGAAAGCAAGAUAAUUCUUGCUCCAGUUCUAAAUUUUAGGCACUGUUUUCCAGAUACUUGAGAUUUUAUGUUUUUCUUAUCAUUAAUAGUUUUAAAUGAAUUGAGUCAAAGUAAGAUGUACAUAUAUAAAAGUUGUUUAUAUUGUUUUCCUCUAGUUAAACUCAUAGAGAAUAGACUUGCUAUAGUAGGUGCCAUUCUGUAAAUGAAUCCAUGGGAAGGGGCCUAAUACCCUGGCGUUUACGAAGCAAUUUGAUAUUAUUUGUCGAAAUAGGGUCUCAUGCAGUGUUUGAGAAGUAAAGGAAAAUGUGAGUAAUCUCUUUGAUCAGCACAAUUUUCUGAAAGUUUUUGUUGCAUCCAGUAGAGUCUCUCUGCUGAAUACGGCCAAGGGCUUCCCAAACAUUGUUCUCUACAAUUUGUUCCAGAGAUCUGGAAACUUUUCAAGAUACAAUAGGAAAUGUACAAUUGCAGGGGGGGAGGGAUAAUGAACAAAUGCUUCCCAUUCAUCUUUCUGCUAACAGAAGCUUCCAUUAUAGAACCUUCUGUCAGUUGGGGAAGAACCAUCACCAAAUGUAAUAGUUUAAUUCUUAAGGGGAUAUAAUGCAUAGGUUGAUGCAACAUGACAAACCAGAGACCUAUGGAAAUCCUGAUUUGUUGGACAUGAGCACUAAUCUGGUGCAUACUGCUCAAAUGCUCUUGCUUGCAGAAAUAAACAAACCAUAUAGCCUUGCUCUAUGCUCAUUUUUAGUGUAUCCUCCAAAUUCAGGUAUAUAACGAGGGCUCUGGCUUGUUUCCUCCUUCCCCCAAACAUGCUAAAUAAAUAAGAACAGAGAAAGAGAGACCUCCUUCAGUUUGCAUGGUGUGGCUUGAGCUGAAAUUUGGCUUAGAUUCCAAAAUCCAUCUCCAAUUAAUGAUAAUAGGAGAUCUACAGUUUUGCCAUCUAUAUCAUGGCAAACUUGAAGGGGUUUUUUUAAAACACAAACUGAUGUAUUCAUGUACUUUUAUUUCAAAUGCGUAUAAAUUUAUAUAAUCUGUCAUUUGUUACCAGAAAGCUUUGGGCUGAUUUUUUAAAUAUAGUGCUUAUUUCUUUCCCACAUAAUCCAAAUUGUGUUGUAUAAAUGUUUUUCUAAUGUAUAUAAACUUCUUUUUAAAAAGCCAAACAAACUUUCAUCUUGAAUUGUUUCAGGUUUCCAGUCUGUGAAAAAAAUUAAGCUACAAAAUUUGAACAGAGACCGGUUACUCUAUUUACUGUGACAACAUCCUUCCUUUUUUCUCCCACCUACAUAGUUUCUGAGUGGUAUUGUUUAUGUUCCUCAGUAGGAAUGUACUUUUAUUAGUCCAUAACCAUCUGUUUCAUUCAUUUCAUUACUGCUUGUCUUUAGAUUAUAGAUAAGUGGUGUGAGCUCCAGGAACAGUUGCUGUGUAAACUUAUUAAUUGUAAUUGGAUUUGUGUGUAAUUCUCACAUAAGACUUCAGAGUUUUAAUCAGUAGCCACUCAUAGCAGAGACAGCCAAAAGUGGGCCACAUCAAGAUUCAAAAGGCAUUAUAAACAGAUUCCUUUUUUCCUGGAGACUUGGGUCCAUAUCUGGAAAAAUAUGACAAAACAACCUUGUGUGCAAUUUCUCAGUUGAGUGAUGCUGCAAAAUGCAGUGUUUCAGGAGCCUGAAUUAGAUAACCUGUGAUGACAUGGGUCUGUAUAUAAGAUUGUUGCUUGAUUUAUUGUGUAUGAAGUAUGUUACUAUUGAGAGGGAAGAAUGGGAGUGUUGAAGUGAUUGUUGAUUUCUGGAAGGUUUGGGAAGGGGUUUUUUUCUGUUGGAGUGGUGUGAAGAGCUUAGCUUGUGCCUGGUGUCUAAGAAUAAUAUAUAGAGAAAUGUGUCUGAGAGGACUGAGAGACUAGGGUGGGUGUGUUAAGAUUCUUAAGAUUCAUCUUAAGAAGGGGGAGAUGGAUUUCAAACAUUUUAUCUAAAUAAUCUGUUUUAUGUUAAAGGUCUGUAAAUAAAGUUUUGGCCUUUGAAAUAAACUUUGAGAGCUGG